AUGGUCCGCCCCGUGCUCUACUCGUUCUGGAAGAGCAGCGCGUCGUAUCGCGUGCGCAUUGCGCUUACGUGGAAGGGCAUCGAGUACGACUACCAGCCCGUCAACAUCUUCAACCGCGAGAACGAAGCCCGCGACUACCGCCAACUCAACCUCAACCAAAAAGUACCGACGCUCGUGAUCGAUGGCCUCGUGCUGACGCAAUCCCCCGCGAUCCUCGAGUACCUCGAGGAGACCCGUCCGCAUCGCCCGCUCUUGCCGUCCGACCCCGCGGUCCGCGCGCAGAUCCGAGCGCUGUGCGGCAUCAUUGGCGCCGACAUCCAGCCGCUGCAGAACGUGGCCGUGCUGCGCGAGGUGGCGCGCGAUGCAGAGAGCAAAGCGACGCGGAAGCGCGAGUGGGCGCAGCACUGGAUCCAGCGCGGCUUCCUCGCGGUUGAGGGCAUCCUCGAAGAGUCGGCGGGGACCUACUGCUUUGGCAAUGCGAUCACGAUGGCCGACCUCUUUCUCUUGCCGCAGGCCAACAACGCAAAAGCCUUCCACGUCGACAUGACGCCGUUCCCAAACAUCACUCGCAUUGCUGCGACGCUCCAGAACGAACCGGAAUUUAUGGCCGCGCAUCCGAUCAACAUGCCCGACAAGACAGACGAGUAAUCGACGAGUGGCACGUGUCGCUGCAUGCGACUUGAUGGGCAUCGUUCGAGGCGUCAUGUCGUCCAAGCUCUUUCGAUAAUGCGAAUGCUAUGCAGUUCACUCCUCUGCGGGUGUAUGGUU